GGUGAGGGUUUGACCGGUUGAGCCGGGGCUCUGCCGGGUGUUUGGUCGCUGCUCGCCGGCUGGGUGAUCGAGCAGAUCGAGGGUUGUAAUGUGGCCACAUGCCAGGCUUCGCCCUCACACACACACACCUCCAGCUACGCACACACACACUGCAUGUAGGGUCUGAGGAAUAGGCAGAACCACGGGCUGCUGUUGGCUCGUUGUUUACUCUCGGCGUGGCAGCAGCGAGCUAACCGGGCUAAACCCGUGAACCAGAGGGGCCAGGAGGGCGAGAGGCUAUCACCGGGUCCCCCACGCUUUGCCCCCGUGUGUCACUAUGGGCACUUGACACGGAAAGGUGAGGAGCCCGAGGCGCUGAGGGAGCUGGAGGUGCCGAAGUGUCUCUAACAUGGACAGAUUUAGCGUAAAAGCGAAAGCGAGCGGAGUGGCCGGAGCUGUUUGUGUCUUUCUGAAGAGAUAAGGGGGUCAGGGCGCUCAUUCACAGCCCCCUCCAGUGCCAGUCUGAGAGGACUGAGGGCAGCCCGGCUGGUCUCUGAAGGACACGGUUCUGCUGGAUGUGUUUGGGGUUUUUCCAAUGACCUGCCACUCCUCCGAGAACACGGAGAGCAUCCCGGAGGAGAGGAGAGAGGAGCCGGAGAGCAGGAGAGAGGAGCGGGAGAGGAGGAGAGCCGAGCCCGAGCCCGAGCCCGAGCUGGGCGAGCAGGACGGCGUCGCUGCAGCCAUGAGAGACCUGAAAAACACCGGCUGGUACUGGGGCCGCCUGACAGCCAAUGAAGCCAAAGAGAUCCUUCAGGAUGCAUCAGAGGGGACAUUCCUGGUCCGGGAUAGCUCCCAAAGAGACUACCUCUUCACCAUCUCUGCCAUGACAUCUGCUGGACCCACCAACCUGCGAAUCGAGUACAAAGAAGGCAAAUUCAAGCUGGACUCUGUGGUGCUGGUCAAACCCAAACUCAAGCAGUUUGACAGCGUGGUCCACCUGGUGGAGCAUUACGUCCAGCUAUCCCGGACAUCUUGUAAGAGUGGGUCCGCUCCACUGGCCCCACCCAAUGGUACGGUGCAGCUUCUUCUAACAACUCCAGUGUACACGGCCAUACCCUCACUUCAGCAUUUGUGCCGCAUUGCUAUAAAUAAAACUACGCGACAUGUACAGGAGCUCCCACUGCCCAACAGACUGAAGGACUACCUGACAGACUACGCAUACAAUGUAUAGGAUCCAAAAAACUGUAUUGACUAUACUUGCAAAUGGCCCUGGAGGCCUAAAUGGCACUAGGAUUCCAAAACUCCAUCCCAGGAAUCUAAAAACCAGUAUAAGAGAGCCAUGAGAUUUACAAAAAGGGUAAAAAAAAAAGACUGAAAACCUUGGCAACCUCUAUCAGUUUUACAGACUUUGUCCACUGAGGUUGUAAUUCAUGUGUAGGAAACACUGGUCUACACAGACUGCUGUGGGAAGCCCCUUUUAAAGCAUAUCAAAUGCCUUGAGGUGUGUAGUCUUGCACUUCUUUUGAUGCGGCCAGCAUUAGAGAAACUUUGUCUCCCGUGUUUGAAACAUGGGUGUCCAACACUGUGUUCACUUCUGCAUUUGAUGAUGUGCUGAUUUGUUCACCAUUUAUUAUGUUCUUUUUUACUGUAAUCAUUGAAGAGGCUAUUAUUGUCUCGCUGAGGCAUUGUAAUGUAAAGGAUUUUUGUGGAAUGAACUACAAGCAAUAUUAAGUGGCUCUACAAUUAAUCGAUGACUUAAUUUAGUUUACAACACCCUCUCCUAUUGGGAAUAAAACCAAACCACCAUAUUUUUGCUUCCUUUAAAAGGACGUUUUUCUGGAGUUUUUUUUUUUGCUUUGGCAGGCAGAGAUCUAUACUGUCAUACUGAAGUGUUCCCUUAGGGGAUUGCAUGGGAAUGCCAUCAUGUAAGUGAGGUUAGAGGUCAUGAAGUUAGAAUAAGGCCUGAUAGUGGGUGCCAGACGGAUGGGAUUCCAUUUGUGAAGUAUUACUAUCAUAAGGGUAUCACAAGUACUGACUACUGUCAGGACCUAAAAAGGAUUCCUAUAGUGAGUACAAUACUAUAUGCUACACUCAACAAGCACUUUCGUUUGGAAGACCGUGAAUAUACUGGGUCAAAACAGUGUUUUUUUUCACGGGUAGGAUUUCACCAACAUUCCCUUAAGAUUGUGGUCCAUGUUGACUAUAAGGUGCAUUAAUCCAGCUUAAGAUGACUUGCUUUGUGAUUUGAAACAUUAUUGUGCUGAAAAUUUAAAUUUAAAUUAAGUUAAAGAACCCUACAAUCUGGGUUGAUGCAGAAAUUUAGAUAUUUUUCCAGUUUACAGCUGUCCAGUUUUGGUGAGCCUGAUCCCACUGCAGCCUCAUCUUUCUGUUCCUAGCUGUCAAAAUUGAAACCUGACAUGGUCUUCUGCUGCUGUACCUUAACGUCCUCAAGGUUGAACCUGUUGUUCAUUCUUGGAUGUUGAACUCUUUCUAUAAUAAGGAUUUUCUAUUCACAGAACUGUGUUUUUUUAUUACAUUGUAGUAGGUAAACUCUAGAGGCCAAUUGCUUUGACGACACAACAUUUAUUCCUCAUUCCGAUUAUUUAUGUAAAUAUUAUCUGAAGCUGCUGGCCCAGACCUGUUUAAAUUUGUGCACUGCGGCCAUAUGACUGCUUAGUUAGAUGGUGUACAGGUGAUCCUAAUAUAUUGCUUGUUGAAUGCAUAAAUUAUAGUACUCUCACUACACAAUACAGAUGUCUUUGCCUGUGAGGCACUAAUAUCAAAUAUUUGUUCUUUACUUCUGCCCACAUUUUUAGGGUGCUGUUAAAGAUAAAGGCUGCCAAAAAGGUUACUUAUGCCAUGCCAUAGGAAAAGCACUUUUGCUUAGAUAAAACAAACCUUUUAAUUUUUAAUAAAACGGUUUUGUGAAAGAGAUGAGUGUUGAGAACCUUUUAUAACAAACAUUUAAAUUUUACAGACUUCCAUAUAAUAGUUAAUAAAUUUGACAUUAUGUGAAGGGUCCUAAAAUCUUUAAAAGUUUAUUUUCUCUUUGACACAUCUUUUUAAAAUGUGCGAACCAAAAGUUUUUUUUAUGGCAUUGCACAAGAACCCUUUGUGAACACCUUUUUGUUUUAUGAGUCUGAAAAUUGGCUACUGAUCCGGAUCUUAAAUUAUAAUUGAUUAUAACUUUGUUUUGUUUUUGGCUGCUUUUUCCUGUCAGUAUGUAUGGUUGUGUUUCUGGAGAGACAAGGAGAUUUCCAGUACAACACUCCCUUGUUUCACCAGCUUUUUACUGAUAAGUGGUGUUGAUUUGCGUUGGACUCCACACAUGGCAGCAUGUAGAACUUGCCCUUUUAUGUUGAUCAGUUACCACUUCUCGAAACCAUGACCUGAGGAACCAUUGCUUGAAAACCCAAAAGCUUAGAUUAGCAGUAAUGGCAGCUUCUACCAGUCGUGCUGGGACUCCCAGAGCUUUGUUUUCUUUUCUCCUCAACAUGGCUUCUUUGAAGUGGUCUAAGCGGAAGAACGUAUUGGCAUCACCUGAUCAGUCUGCUCUUUGAGCCUCUCGGUCAUAUCGGUCUUGAAAAAACUAACAUGAUACUGUUGUAUACAAUGGUGCUGAAUUACAAGUAAAUGUUUUUCUUUUUUUCAUGAAGUGACAAAUAAAAGAAAAAAGCUU